UCAGACACCUGCGGCCCAGGAAGGGAGGAACCUGAAGGGAGGCGUCCCCAGACUGGGUAGAUCAGUGAGACACAUUUUUUUUCCAACCUAAGGGUUUUUGUUUUUUUUCUCACACAACAGCACACAGGGCUUUCCUGUAAACUGAAAAGUUAAAGAAGACAGACACAAACUAGAAGAAUAGUUUAGUAAUGGACUCCAGACUGUAUACCAGCACAUAGAGAAGCAUAACCCACAACUUUAUGGAUAAUACCGCUCAACUUGUCGGAACAGUUGGAAAUACUUCUGUGAAAGGCUGGUGAACUCUGCUCUCCCAGGGAGAUUACAGUGGGACAUGCUUCCAGCCACUGAACAGCUUGACUUCACUUGCAGCGUCAUGGGAAUCUUGCUCGCACAGAGGAGACUGAACUGUACUACUGACAGUAUGCAGUCUGUUGUAGUUUUUAUGUGAUAUUAUGGAAGUCUGCUGUAUGCAACAUGUUUGUGUUUCACUAAACAGGAAUACAGGAUAGUGUUGUUAUUAUUAGCGCCCUCCUGGAGAAGGUAAGGGGAGCCGGGGAGAUUUGUCCAUACAAAGGCCUUUUGUUCCCAGCCAGCGGUAGAGGUGGAAUAGCAGCAGCUUGGAUAACUGGAGGUGGGGUGAUAAACUUUUUGUGACAUUUUCAUUGGACACUUUGCUAGAGCUACUACCUGUUUUGGUUUGCCUCAUUUUGCUCUCAGUUGGUGUGACACUUUGAACAAUAAUGGACAGUGCAAGUAAUAACUCAGAUGGACCGGGGAAGCAGCCCCCUAGUUCCAUCCUGAAUGUCUUCAGCAAUUUCUUCAGCCAGGAUAGAUCUGCAUCUUCAGAUGUGGAGUCGGCCUUGCUGACGUCUUUGAAGGAGCUGUCAGAUGGGGAGGAUCCUCUUUCUGAAGGUGGCCAAACUACUAACAGUGAAAACAAGCUUCAAGGGAGGCAAGAUAUGAAUCAGGAUAAUGUGACUGCUUCAGGGCAGAGGGCUGAAUCAUCGAAAACCUGCAAGGAGUCUGGCGACCAAGUUAAAACAGCAGCUAGAGCCUCGGUUGACCCAGAUCUGGUCCAGGUCACAAGGGUGGAAACGUAUAGUGACACAGAAAAUGAGUAUGAGGAGGUGACCCAAAACAGCACUAGUCUGUUGGAGAAGCUUGCCAGGACUAGUGGGCCUAGCCUACCUGAGGUGAACAAUAAUACAGGGGACCAUGGUGAUGAGCUAAAAGAUGUCAGUGAGGCAGAGGCAGAGUACCAAGUGCCUAUGUUUAGAACACACAAACUUAAGGAGAGAUCCCGCACAGAAGCUAUUCUAUAUUCAGGUAGGUUCGUCAGCAGAACUGACUCUAGGACAGUUCUUGUCUCUUCAGUUUCUAAACAGGGAGAUGGCUGCAGUCCUAAGGAGAGCACCACCAUUGUGUCCGUGGAUGCAGAAACAUCUGGUGCAAGAAAGAAUAGUAGCGACAAUGUGGGAAUGGAUGACGAAGAGUAUGCUGGCAUAGAUUGUUCUCUGCCAGUUCCUUCUGUCAUCUCCGGACAUCUGGCUUUGAAGGCUGCAGGCCAAAAUGCUGCCACUGCCUCUCCUUUAAAGCACACAGAGGACUUAGAUAGUACACAAAAAGAGGAGACACGUGAGCAAAGGGCUGAAGCUGAGGAGGGGACUGAGGAACCGCAUUCCAGCCAGGUGUCCUCCUCUGUUCCGUCCGUCCCCAAGACUCCUGAAGUUUCAGUCCAAUCAUCCUCCGGUCCAGAGGAGCAGUCAGACUCCGCUGGUAUCACAAAUCACCCUACAGGGUUUAGAAAACCCAUGUCGCUGUCAUCAGCACCUGAAGAGUCCCCAGGUGACAUCCAGCCAAGUGCCAGUCCUGCCUCACAGCGCACAACUGCUCCAAAGACACCAGAAACAAACACACCACCUCCCGCUUCACCGGUUUCCCCCUCCUCUACCUCCUCCAUCUCAUCCCCAUCCAGGGGCACGUCGAUCUCUUCGCCCCCUUCCUUCCAGAUGCCGGCUCUCUUCAGUGGGUUGCGGGUGCUGAAGAAAGGAGUGGUGGGGGAAGACAGGGAGACAAUGUCAGAGAUCAAGCAGAGGGAGAAGGAUGCUGACCUGGCCCUGCUCAGCCUGAAGAAGACAGUAAACAAAGCCAAGUUCUUCCCUGAGCAGCAGACAGCCACUCCGGCCAAAAAACAUGCUGAGCCUAAACCUGUUGCGGAAACUAAAAGCACUUUAAUGGGACAGCUCAGUCAGCUGCUCAACCUAGACAACCAGGUUGAGACCAAAAAGGAACACAGCAAAAAAGAGCCUGAGAAUGGAGAAGAGGUUGUGGGAAAGAAAUGUCCAGAACCAGAAACCCCUACAUCCCCACCAGAAAAAAUGAAAACCUCAGACCUGGCCUAUGAAACCUUCAGGAGCAUCUUUGGCCCCAAAACUGCCAAAAAAGAAAAAACUGAAAAUGUGGAUCUGGAGGCCGUAAAAAAGAAAAUCAAGAAUGACAAGGAAAACCUGAGGUCUAUUUUUGAGAGAACCUCCAAAUCCCCUGGCAAAGAACUCAGAAGUCCCACAGAGGCAAAUACGGAGGUCACAUCCCCUACAGACAGUGAGGACCGCACUCCAGGGCGUCUGCAGGCGGUGUGGCCCCCACCCAAACCUAAAGAUGAGGAAGAGAAGGUGGGGCUCAAAUACACCGAGGCAGAGCACCAGGCUGCCCUCUUGCAGCUGAAGAGAGAGUGCAAGGAAGAACUGGAGAGGAUGCAUUCCGACUUUGAGCUCCAGAUCUUCCAACUGCGUGGUGAGAAUGCUGUCUCAAUAUCACACCUGGAAGGAGUCAUUGCCAAGAUGCAAAGUGACAGGGCGUACAAUACAGGCCAGGAGCGAGGUGAGGUCUGCGAUGCUGCUGUGUCCACUGCAGAUGACCCCAUUCUCAAGACCUGCCGCACCGUCGGUAUCCAGACAGACAGGGAGACCUUCAUCAAGAACCCUGAGGGUGACGGCAGUGGGCUCGCUCAAGGCCCCAGCCAGAACGUGCCAAAAAAACUAAAUUUUGACUCCCUCGGACUAAAUCUCAAAGCUGAAACGGCCCCAGGGCAUCCUGGACCUCCUCCUCCUCCUCCUCCCCCACCAGGCCUCUCAGGACCACCACCACCACCACCCCCUCCUCCUCCUCCUCCUCCUCCUCCUCCCCCUUUGCCAGGCAACAUGGGAGCACCGCCACCACCCCCACCACCACCUCCUCUUCCUGGAGGUGGUCCGCCGCCCCCGCCUCCCCCUCCUGGCCUACCUGGAGCUGGUCCACCUCCUCCUCCUCCGCCUCCAGGCUGUGGCCCGCCCCCUCCUCCCCCUAUGGGGGGCUUCACUCUCGGCCAGAAGGUCGAUAAGGCCCCACGGAAACCUGCCAUUGAGCCGGCCUGUCCUAUGAAGCCUCUGUACUGGACCAGGAUACAGAUACAGGACAAUAACAACAACACACUCUGGGGUUCUCUGGAGGAACCAAACCUUGUCAAUGCCAAUGAGUUUGAGGAUCUUUUCUCCAAGGCCACGCUACAGCAGAAGAAGAAACCCCUGUCGGACAGCUAUGAGAAGAAAGCCAAAACUAAGAAGAUCAUCAAGCUGCUGGACGGGAAGCGUUCCCAAGCAGUUGGCAUCCUCAUAUCGAGCCUGCAUCUGGAGAUGAAGGACAUUCAGCAAGCUGUUCUUACUGUGGACAACUCUGUGGUGGAUUUGGAGACCAUUGAGGCUUUAUAUGAAAAUAGGGCCACCAGUGACGAGAUGGACAAGAUAACGAGACAUUAUGAGAAUUCUAAAGAAGAUGAAGUCAAACUGCUGGACAAACCUGAACAGUUUCUCUAUGAGCUCUCCCAGAUUCCCGACUUUGCGGGCCGAGCCCACUGCAUCAUCUUUCAGUCAGUAUUCCUCGAUACCAUCUCCUCCAUCCGUCGCAAGGUGGAGAUCAUCUUGAAUGUAUGCAAAAAUCUGUUAGAUUGUAAUCGUUUGCGGGAUGUAAUGGGUCUUGUUCUGGCCUUUGGGAACUAUAUGAACGGAGGGAACAGGACAAGAGGUCAGGCCGAUGGAUUUGGACUGGAGAUCCUCCCAAAACUAAAGGACGUCAAGAGCAGGGACAAUCGUAUGAAUCUGGUGGAUUAUGUUGCUUUAUACUACCUGCGUAAUUUUGACACGCAUGCUGGCACAGACAAGAGUGUGUUCCCUCUGCCGGAGCCUCAGGAGUUCUUCCAGGCUGCUCAGGUUAAGUUUGAUGACCUCACCAAGGACAUCAGGAAGCUGAAGAAAGAUCUGACUGCUUGUGAGAAGGACGUGCAGAAGGUGUGUGCUAACUCGUCAGAGGAACACCUCCAACCCUUCAAGGAGAAGAUGGAAGGAUUUAUCUCUGCUGCUCAAAAGGACCAUUCAGCUGAAGAGGACCGACUCAGUGCAGCACAGAAAAGUUUCCAGGACACGGUGAACUACUUUGGGGUUAAGCCAAAGUCCGGGGAGAAAGAAGUGGCCCCGAGUUACAUUUUUAUGCUUUGGUACGAGUUUUGCAAUGACUUCAAGAACACUUGGAUACGACAAAGCAAGAACAUCUCCAAGGAAAGGUUGAAGGAAGCUCAAGAAAACAUCAAGAAGAUCACAGCGGAGAAGAGAGUUGAAACCAAGAAGAUCAAUGCCAACAGUCUGAAAGAGAGGCUGCGGCAGAAGGAAGCCGGCGUGUCCUCCAGCUGAAUGAAAUGACACAGCAGAAGAAGAAGAAAUGAGUGGUGGUGGUGAGAAAGUUGGAGAAGAUCACAGAUCAGAAAGUGCGUAGGCCUCCUGUCUCCUGCGUUUACCACCUGCCUCAACAACAGCGGACUGCCCUCUGUCCGCUGUUGUCCCCGUAUGGAAUCACAAUAAAACCUCUCUGGACUCUUACUACUCCCACUGCCGUAUCUCUGCCCCACUAACAGCGCUGGACACUCCCCCACCCGCUCAUCCCCACCCUACGCUCCACCACCCUCAUGUUGAGCUUUUUCUGUCUGCUAUACAGAUAGAAGCUGGGCCUGCAGCGAGGAUGCAUGGCUGACUCAACCGCAGUGAUGAGAGUCUUAAAGGCCAAAGGUUGAUCUCAUUCAUCCAGUGUGGCGUGACCUCUGGGUGCCAAGCUUGUGAAAGGUCUCAAGGGGUCAGUGGGAUUCAUAACAGUGCCAGCUGACACAUUCAGGAGGGUUCCUUCUGGAUCUACAAGAGCUGAGAAACAAUUUCUUUCUGAAGUGCAGAUGAUAAUGCUCCUGUAUUAAGACGUUGAUGCUGUUAAAUGAAUAGAUGCAGCUGCAUGGAGACUGCUCAGAGGAAAAUCCUUAUUGAUAAAAAAGAUCGAUCUCUCUCUCUCUCUGGAAGCGGGGGGAAAAAGCAGUUCCCAGUCCUUUUGCUGUAGCGAAUAGCUUUUCAUUCACCAUGGCUCAUUAAAAGUCUUGUAAAUAUGUCAUGUUGUAGAAUCGGAAGGGACCGUGCAGCUUUGAGGAGUAUGAUAAAUGAUCUGCGCCGAGCUUCAAGUGCAGAUGAAGACAUGUUACGUUUAAAUGUGCGUGUGUGUACAAAUCAGUACGUGGAGGUUUUCACUGUAUUGUGUAGCACUGCACCAGACUGACCUUUCCUGGGUGACGGCCAGAGAAGAGCAGAAGCCUGGCAGCGAGCCUUGGCCCCCUCACACACACACACACGUACAUACAAACAUGUACUUAAAAACAUCAGAAGAACACAAGUCUUGGCCAUGCACCCAUUCUAACCCAAGAUAUUAAAUAUACAUUAUGCAAAGUUGUUAAUCCUUCAUUGAGUGCUUAACAUCACAUUGCGUCCGGCAGACUUUUAAGCACUUUACUGCUUGCAGUAGCUGUAUGUCGUAACUUGCUAUAAGCCGCACUCCGUUUUUCAGAUGUCUUGCACUUUUUUGCACCUCCUUUCCUAUGCAAGGGUAUGGUUUCCUUGUUGUAAGAUUUAUGAAUUGUUUUGCUUCAUGAUGAAAUUCUGUUCGAUUUUUUUUUCUAAGAAAGCUCAAUUUUCGCAAAUGUAAGAUGUAACCAUGCUCCUGUAACAUUCAAGAAAAGUCUAUUUAUGUAAGAAAAGAUUUAUUUUAUGCCAAAAAACAUCAGCUUUGUUCCCUUUGAGGCUGUAUUUUUAUGAGUUGUAACUGACCGAGAAGCUGCCUGAUAGGUCAGUCAGAUCAAAGAUAUAUUUUCACAUGGAUAUUACCUGUAUGUUGUGCCCACUGAUUUACAGGAAAUUGAGUAAUUUGCAUAGAAUUAAGACAGUUGUAGAGAUGAGGGUUGUAUUUUGGCUAUUGAGAACAUUUAAGCAUAUCACCUGAAGCCAUGUGAGUUGUUAUACCUCAGAUAGACUUCCAUUAUCUGACUAUCCAUAAAACUGCACCUUGAAUUACUUUUUUACCCUCCAAAGUCUUUUCACGUGUGCCAUUUAUUUUGUAUAAAAAUCUAGAUAUUUCAUAACUUUAAACUGCUAUGUUUGACUUCAGAGGGUUUGAAAACCAACAAAAAAGAGCAGAUACUGGCCAAGGAACUGCUGUAGCCUCUACUGUAUGUAUGUCGGUUCAUGUAACCUUCAGUAGCUCUCAUAUAGGUGCUCUGUAAUUUUAUGGAAUUGUUUUAAAUUUCAAGAAUAAACUACUGGAUGCCGAACAAACUGGA